AUGCGUUAUCUCAUAUGGCGAUCGUUCCUAACGACAGUUCGAAAUCCUGUGUUAUUGCGUGUUCGGCUUUUUCAAACAGUCGUUAGUCGUACGUACUGUCACAAAAUGAAGUCUAUCGGUAAGCAAUUGCAGAUAAUAGGUGUUUUAAUAGGUCUCGUUUAUUUGGGAACAUCGGUCCAGCAGUCAACAAUAUUGAACAUUAAUGGGGUUUUGUUCACUCUUGUGUGUAACAUGAACUAUUUGUUCCAGUUUGUUGUAGUCGAGGUUUUCUGCGUGGAAAUGCCCAUUUUCCUCAGAGAGCAUGCGAACGGUCUUUAUCGAACUGAUACUUACUUCAUUGCGAAAAAUUUGGCCGAGGCACCACAGUAUAUUGCGCUGCCUCUUCUAUUCACGUCAAUUCUCUAUUGGAUGGCUGGAUUAGCACCUGUUGUUGGAGCGUUUGCAUUGUGUUGUUUAAUCAAUGUGCUCAUGGCCAAUACGGCAAUUUCUAUUGGUUAUGCGGCGUCGUGCAUAUUUGAGGAUAUCAGCGUUGCAAUUAGCGUUAUGCCAGCAUUUGUUCUGCCCGCAAUGGCUUUUGCCGGUUUCUUCAUCAAUCAGGACACAUUGCCCAUCUAUUUCAUUUACCUCAGAUUUCUUUCCUAUUUCGGGUAUGCUUACGAAUCGUUGGUGAUUAAUGAAUGGAGCCAUGUUGACUAUAUUCCUGGUUGCGCGAACAGAACGACUUGCUUGGAAACGGGUGCCGAUGUGAUCGAGUCGUUGAGUUUCAAUGCGGACAAUCUAUACCCGGACAUUCUUGCCCUUUUGAUAAUGACGAUCAUUAUUCGCGUUAUUGCUUUCAUUGCACUUUAUAUUCGUGCCUCUCGAAGAAAAUGA